AUGGCCAUCACCAAGGUUCACGCUCGUUCCGUCUACGAUUCUCGUGGCAACCCCACCGUUGAGGUUGAUCUCGUCACUGAAACCGGCUUGCACCGGGCUAUCGUCCCCUCUGGCGCCUCUACCGGUCAGCAUGAAGCUGUUGAGCUCCGCGAUGGCGACAAGGCCAAAUGGGCUGGCAAGGGUGUCACCCAGGCCGUCGCCAACGUUAACACUGUCAUUGGCCCUGCUCUGAUUAAGGAGAAUCUUGAUGUGAAAGACCAGUCCAAGGUUGACGAGUUCCUUAACUCUCUCGAUGGAACUCCCAACAAGGGUAAGCUUGGCGCCAACGCCAUCCUCGGUGUGUCAUUGGCCGUUGCCAAGGCUGGUGCCGCUGAAAAGGGUGUCCCUCUCUACGCUCAUAUUUCAGACCUGGCUGGUACUAAGAAGCCAUACGUUCUCCCCGUUCCUUUCAUGAACGUUCUUAACGGCGGCUCCCACGCUGGUGGCCGCCUUGCUUUUCAGGAGUUCAUGAUUGUUCCCUCUGAGGCUGCAAGCUUCACCGAGGCCAUGCGCCAGGGUGCUGAGGUCUACCAGAAGCUCAAGAGUCUCGCCAAGAAAAAGUACGGCCAGUCCGCUGGCAACGUUGGUGAUGAGGGCGGUGUUGCCCCUGAUAUCCAGACCGCCGACGAGGCUCUCGACCUCAUCGUGGAGUCCAUCGAACAGGCUGGCUACACCGGCAAGAUCAAGAUUGCCAUGGAUGUUGCUUCCAGCGAGUUCUACAAGACCGAAGAGAAAAAGUACGAUCUUGACUUCAAGAACCCCGAAAGUGACCCAACCCAGUGGCUCACCUAUGAGCAGCUUGCUGCUCUCUACGGUGACCUCUGCAAGAAGUAUCCUAUUGUCUCCAUCGAAGACCCCUUCGCCGAGGAUGAUUGGGAGGCCUGGAGCUACUUCUACAAGACUCAGGAUAUUCAGAUUGUCGGUGAUGAUCUGACUGUCACCAACCCCCUCCGCAUCAAGAAGGCUAUCGAGCUCAAGGCUUGCAAUGCCCUUCUCCUUAAGGUCAAUCAGAUCGGUACCCUGACCGAAUCUAUUCAGGCCGCCAAGGACUCCUACGCCGACGGUUGGGGUGUCAUGGUGUCCCACCGCUCUGGUGAGACCGAGGACGUCACAAUUGCUGACAUCGUUGUGGGUAUCCGCUCUGGCGAGAUCAAGACUGGUGCUCCUUGUCGCUCUGAGCGUCUGGCCAAACUUAACCAGAUUCUCCGCAUUGAAGAGGAGCUUGGCGAUCUGGCUGUCUACGCCGGUUGUAACUUCCGCAACGCUGUCAAUCAGUAA